GGUCCCAGAACAGUUUUUUUCUGGGCUCCAAUUAUGAAAUGGGGGUUGGUGUGUGCUGGAUUGGCUGACAUGGCCAGACCUGCAGAAAAACUCAGCACAGCUCAGUCUGCUGUUUUGAUGGCUACAGGGUUUAUUUGGUCAAGAUACUCACUUGUAAUUAUUCCCAAAAACUGGAGUCUGUUCGCUGUUAAUUUCUUUGUUGGGGCGGCAGGAGCCUCUCAGCUCUUUCGUAUUUGGAGAUAUAACCAAGAACUAAAAGCCAAAGCAAACAAAUAAAAGACUUCCUGAUCACCCAAACAAUCUACAUUGGACAUAACCACUGGGACCUACUUUGAUUUACUAUUUGGUUAUUGAUAAGGUGAUGCUAAGUGUGCUAACAUUUGGAAGGCAUUAAAAAAAAAUCUAACUGUAACUGGGAGUUAGUACUUGAUUCAGCAAAAAAUAAAGCAAACUUUUAAUAAGUGUCUCUUUACAUAUGACUUAAGGACCUUAUCUAUGGAUAUUAGUAACAUUGUUUUCUACUGUUUGCCCACAGUGAAUCCUUCUUGCUC